AGCGCGCGCCGGCCGGCGGCGCGUGUGUUGUGGUGCGGCGGCGGCGGCGGCAAGAUGGCGGCGCCCGGGGGCUCGGCGGGCGCCGCGGCGCUGAGGGCGCUGGUCCAGCAGUUCACCGCCAUCACCGGUGCCAGUGAAAGCGUGGGGAAGCACAUGCUGGAAGCAUGCAACAACAACCUGGAGAUGGCUGUCACCAUGUUCCUGGAUGGAGGAGGGAUAGCAGAGGAGCCCAGCACCAGCUCUGCAGCCGUGUCUGCGGUGCGCCCGCACCCUGAGGAUGAAGUACGAGCUCCAAUUCCUCAAAAGCAGGAAAUCUUAGUAGAGCCUGAGCCCUUGUUUGGAGCUCCUAAAAGACGCAGACCUGCUCGCUCAAUAUUCGACGGUUUUCGGGAUUUUCAGACAGAGACCAUCCGGCAGGAGCAGGAGCUCCGGAACGGAGGGGCAGUGGACAAGAAGCUGACAACACUGGCAGAUCUCUUCAGACCUCCCAUUGACCUGAUGCACAAAGGCAGCUUUGAAACGGCCAAGGAGUGUGGUCAGAUGCAGAACAAGUGGCUCAUGAUAAACAUUCAGAACGUGCAAGAUUUUGCCUGCCAGUGCCUCAACCGUGAUGUCUGGAGCAAUGAGGCUGUGAAGAACAUCAUCAGGGACCACUUCAUUUUUUGGCAGGUGUACCAUGACAGCGAGGAGGGACAGCGGUACAUACAGUUCUAUAAACUAGCAGACUUCCCUUAUGUCUCCAUCCUGGAUCCCAGGACAGGCCAGAAGCUGGUGGAGUGGCACCAGUUAGAUGUGACUUCUUUCCUGGACCAAGUGACCGGGUUCCUGAGCGAGCACGGCCAGCUGGACGGGCACUCCAGCAGCCCUCCCCAGAAGUGCUCCCGCUCAGAGAGUCUCAUCGAUGCCAGUGAGGACAGCCAGCUGGAAGCUGCCAUCAGAGCCUCGCUGCAGGAGACACAUUUUGAUUCCUCCCAGGCCAAGCAGGAGAGCCGGUCGGACGAGGAGUCGGAGUCGGAGCUUUUUUCCGGAAGCGAAGAGUUCAUUUCUGUUUGUGGCUCUGAGGAGGAGGAGGAGUCGGAGAUCCCAGCCAAGCUGAGGAAGUCUCCACACAAGGACUUGGGGUACAAAAAGGAGGAGAGCAGGAGGCCUCAGCCUGAGCCCUCUGCAAGGACUGAGCCUGGGACAGCCUCAAACCACAGAGUGCUGCCCUGCCUGGAUGCAGGGGCACUGGAGGAGUCGCCGGACAAGCCCGAGAGCGCGUUCCGGGGCCUGGACGUCAAUGGACCAAAGGCACAGCUGAUGCUGAGGUAUCCAGAUGGAAAGAGGGAACAAGUUUCACUGCCUGAACAAGCUAAACUUCUGGCUCUUGUGAAGCACGUGCAGUCCAAAGGAUACCCCAACGAGCGCUUUGAGCUGCUCACCAACUUCCCUCGGAGGAAACUCUCCCACCUGGACUAUGAGAUCACGUUACAGGAGGCAGGCCUGUGUCCUCAAGAGACUGUCUUUGUGCAGGAAAGGAAUUAGCACUGUGGCCUGAGCUCUCCCAGCCUUCCUCCCUCUCCUCUUUGCCUGGGACAAGAGUGGUUAAAUAUGCAGUUAAGGGUCAUGGGAUUGCAGUGCUGGAUCAGGCAGCUGGCUGGCCCUUCCUUCCCCUCCUCCUCCUCCUCCUCUCCCUCCCUUCCUUCUCCCACUCUAGUGACCAAAUGAGAGUGCUCAGUUUUAUUUUCUUCCUCAGCUGCAGAGAGCAUUGGGAAGAACAUCUUUCCUCUGCUUUCCUGGAAUAAAGUAAAACAGUGAUCUGUGUAUCCAGCAUGCUGGAGCUUGGAGUGGCCAUAAUACACAAACCCUUCUUGCUGCUAUUCUUAAAUCUGUUCUGUUUAAUUUAUUUUUGAAAGGAGUGUGUGGUAAGGCACAGAGGCAUCUCUCUGUAGGGAGAGAGCAUAACCUUCAGGACAGUCUUUCCUUUGUUUGGAUUCCCUACACAAAAGGUCUCCAUUAACCUUCCAGCCUUCUCUUACCCAACACUGGUUUUGGAAAGGAGUUGGGUUGAGCCAUGGUAAAAUUCUCUACCCCAAUUCUCUAAUUCAAAGGUUUCUAGAUUGCCUGCAUGUUUACCUCCUGCUUUAAAUUGCCAGUGGACAUAGUAAAAAAUCCAGCCAAUCCCCAGAAAUCCAGCUGUGCUCCAUGUGGGACUGACUGCUUGGCCCAGAGGGUCAGUCCAGUGCUGGAGCAGAACCAGCUCCUUCAUGGGUGUGGGUGGGUGAUCCAUGUUCUCUUCCCAGCAUCCUCAAAGUGUCUCCUUACUUGCUCUCAGGACUUUGCAAAUGACAAGGGUACUGUGAAGGUUUUGGAUUCUCUGAAAACACCUGCCACAGAGACCUGACAGUCAGCUGGCAUUUUUCCUUGGCACAGAGGUUGGUUCCUCUAGGAGUGAGUGUUUUUACAGCACUGACAGCAUUGACAUCAAUUAAUGCUUCAUAAAACACCUUCCAGCCUGGUGGCUUGAAUUCCCUGGGAUGAUUUUUGUCCUGUGUUCAUCUACUGUCACCUCUAAAUUUGGAGGGCUGCAUGGAAAGCUGGUCCUUGGUGCUUUCCUUUCAGCUCUGGAGGCUUCUCCACAAGUCAGUGCCCUGGUUUUCCUCCAGUGUCUUCUCUAGACAUGGUCAGUUGGUGUUUCAGCAGCUGUUCCAGUGGGACAGGAGUUAACUGGCACAGCCCUCAGCACAGUGUGGUAGAUUUGUGUAUUUACAGCUAAAAAUUCAGUUUAAUGUGGUCUUCAGUCACUGAGGAGAAAGGCACAUGGGACCUGGCAUAACUGCUGACUUUUUCUGCCACUCUCAGAUGAUUUGGUAGUCAGAAAUUUACAUAUUCCAAUUUUUCAAGACAUUUUGCCUUUGAUUUCAUACUAGCAUUUCUACUUUUAAACCUUUAAAUGCAAGAAAUCAGAGAAAAUUUCUGACAUUCCCCAUGAAAACUUCAGCUCACAGCUGUCUCCUGCUCCUAAUUGAGGUUUGACAUGUAAUCAUGCAAUUGUAUAAAUUGAUUUCCCUUCCUGCUGCAGGAUGGAGUGUCAGGAAAGCAGAGGCUCAUCUCAGUUUCCUGAUCGGUGGUUGCUGUGACACCAGAUGUCAUCUUGGGUUUGUAAAGUCCCCCAGGUGUGGAGGCUGCUCCCAGCAUGGGGAGUUGAAAGGGGCUCUUUUGUUUGGCCUGUGAAGCAGCAGUGGCACCUCCAGACUGAAGGAUCUUUAAUUCUUGAAUAUCCAGAUCCCUCACUCGUGUUUCCACGUGGACCUGAAACUUCCUGGAGCAGCUCCAGCUGUCUGGUUGGAAUAACAAAUCCCAGGUGUGGUUUAUUGGCACCUUCCCUCCUGGGCCUGCUCCUGUAUGUGGGGCUGGGCUGAGCUUUGUGUGACACCAGGAAUUGCUCAAACAGGGGAGAGAAGAUAGGGAAGUUGAAUAUUUACACUGAAAAUGGCAUUUUCUCAUGGUUUCUAGGAGUUGUUUCUGUUCCAGGAAACUGUGAUCCUGGGUUGGGUUUUUUUGUUUCUGUGUCACACUGUGGUUUUUUUUCUAUCAUUUUUGUUUUGCUUUGCUUUGAGAGCAAGAAGGAGAAAAAAAAAAUUAAGGAAUAUGUAUCCCUCCAUAUGGCUCUUUGUUCAUUCCUCUCUCUGCUUCCCAACCCAAACAAACCACACAUCAGCUGUGCUGUAGGGGCUGAAAGCUGAUGAGAAUCUGCACCAACCAGGACACAAACCUCUGCAGCUCUGCUCCCCUUGGAGGAAUGUGUUUUGCUGGCCUGAGGAAUGUGGUUGAGAACACAAAUCCAGUCCUGCCUGGGGCAGCUCAUGGCAGGGGAGGUGAUGGGUUAGGCAAUGUUUAAAGACAUUUAAACAGUCACUUCUAGAUGUGAAAUCUGAAGCUCAAAUUGCUUUGGCUGGAAAAAAUGUGUUAGAUUUGAUUGGGAAAUAGGAUGCUGAGCUGUGAAAGACAAAGGAAACCAAUCCUUCAAAAGCUGUGGUUUGUGGCUUCCUGGGGCUGUCACUUGCUCAGGAUUUGCAUGUGGGCAGUGCAGGAUUUUCUGAGUGGAGAGCUGCUCAGGGCUGUUGUGUUUGAAGCUGGAGCUCUUGCUGCUGGUGGAGAUGUUCCCUUUUUGCCUGUGCUCUUCAUCUAACACAGCUUUUGGGAUGGGAUGUCCAGUAGUCCCAGUGACAGCCAGGAUCCUGGAACAGAAGGUGAAACAAGCUCUGGCUUUCCCUGCCAGGUGCAGCUGACACGUUUAUGUCCCACUUCAGAGGCCCACAGAAGGAUUCUGGAUCUUUCUGAUGCUACAUGCUCUUAAGUCAUGAUUGACCAGCCUCAACCUCACAGCAUUCCCCACUGACCCAAAAAGGGCAGGUAGAGGCUGGGCCAAACAUUUCUGGCCACACUUGUGUUAUUUUCUUUAGGCUUUGAACUAAGGUCUGUGAUUUUUAUGAUUUCUGACAUGCAUGGACUGCAGUGUGUUGCUUUUCCUGGUAGAUCAGUUCAGAUAACACCACUGAUGUUAGAGCAAUGUCCAGGAUUUGCAGGUAGCCUUGUAAAAUGCAGUUAUCUGUAAAAGGCACCCAGGUGUACCAUUAUUCCUAAGUACAUCUAAACAGGAAUUUUCCAUCAGCUCUUCCCAGAGCUCCCUGACCUUCUCACUGUUAGGGGAAGUGACACCUCUCCUUUGUUCAGCUUGUGUUUCACAAGGUCCAUGUCCUUCAGAGCUGAUUUGUACACUCAGCCUGCCCUGCUGCUGUGGUUUGUACCUUGGCAGAAACUGUUUGGUGCAGGUUUUAGUAACUCAGCCUCUCUGCUGAAGGGUCUCAAAUUCCUGUUCCUGUCAGAGCACUGAGCUGCUUCACUGGGACUUAAGGAACAAGGGCUAAAUUAAAACCAGUUUUCUUUUGAGGGCAGGGCUGUUUGUCAGGUAGCAAACACUGCAGAGAUGCUUGAAACAUGGUGGGGUUUUUUUGUAAACCACAUAAAAAUGAAAUAUGAACAUAGGGACCUGUGUAGGAAUGUCCAUGUGAAUGGGAAGAUCUGUGUCAUUUCAGGGCCUCAUCACUUCAUUUUUAUUCCCUUUUAGUUUGUAUUAAAUGUCACUGCUUUGUUCUGGUUUAAUCCCUGUUUAAUGAAGUUGAUAAACAGUUAGUCUGGUGUUCCAGGAGGAGGAAGGGUGGCAGAGAUGUGCUCUAGGUGGGUGAAGUGCAAAGCCACUGUCCCUAAGGACUGGCUGUGCCUUGUCUGGCUGUUCCCAUGGGCUCAAAUCCAGCCUCUGCUCUCCCUCACCCUUUCUAUUUAUUUAUUUUCACAAGUGAUUUGUAAAUGGAACAGCUCCUGUUUCAAAGACAAGCUGAUGUUGUUGGAAGUGCCCCAGGCCUGUGAGGGUUUGGAGCUGGUGAGGUUCAUGGAUGCCCUUUCUGUGAUGACUUUGAUUCCUGCCUCCCCUUGUCCAUGGGAUGCUCGGGGUCUGUGCACUCCCAACCAACAGAGCCAUAAGGAUUUACACACACAGGGAUUCAGGCAGAGACCUCUGCACCUCCCAGCAGUGCCUCACCCUGCUUGGGUUAUCCAGUGUUCAUGGGCACCUCCUGAGUGACGACAGAAAUUCGGGAUUUGCUCCUGUCUGAUCGCUGGGAGUGUCUGCAGUGCAGAGAAAAGUCACUUUGUAGCUGCUUGUGAAAUGGUGCCCAGACUGAAGGGGUAGAACUGAAACUGGAGCAGGGGAUGAGGUGCUAUUUUAUAGACCAGAUUUAUAUGAAGAACAUGUGGGUAAAACUCAGAGACACCAGACUCUAGGACAGAUGACUUUUUAAAAAUGAGGCUGUUUCCUGGAACUGGGAACAUCCAGUUUCUAAGGGACAGCUUUUCACAAUGGUCACUUUCUUCAAAAAUGGCAACUUCACGUGGGAGGAGGGAGAGGAUUAAUUUGGAAGUUUUCAGCUCACUGUGCUGGGAGGGACCAAACUCAAGGAAACCUCUGAUCUAUAUACACAACUGCUGCAUUUUUUAUAAAUAUAUGUAAAUGUCCUAUUGUAAUAUUUGAUCCUGGAAAUAAAACAAACUGUUUUCAGUA